AUAAUUUUGAUAAAUCAUUUUAGAUCUCUUUAUUUAAUGUUUUAGGCAUGCCUGCUCUAAUUGUUGGCAUCUCACUGGCCACCACCUACAGCUUAAGGGACCCGCUAGGAUAUCGACAAGAAGAGUUUUGCUGGCUGGCUUCUCUGGACAACGAAGGGAGAUUUGAACCAAAGCGGCCAAUGCUUUGGGGUUUUUUGCUCCCACUAGCGGCUAUGCUCAGUUUUAACAUAGCUCUUCUCGUCUACUUCUCCAAAACCAUCUGCUGUGCAAAUCCUAACCUGAAGAGCUCACGAAGAACACCUCUGAAGAAGAAGAUUCUGAGUAGUUUCUCUCUGGCUGUAAUGCUCGGUUUGUCCUGGGUCAUUGGCUACUUUGUGCUCAUUACCCAUGAUAAAACACUUUACACCAUUCUCAGCGUGGUCUUCUGUCUCUUCAACACAACACAGGGUGUUCAGAUUUUCAUUUUAUUCACACUGAGGCCUUUUCUAAAGAAGAGAGCUCGAGAUAAUCUUGAUUCUCCGACUGAAUCAAAGGUGGAUUCUUAAAAUGUACUAUUUACAGACACAAAAAGCCAAGGACAA